AACAUCCAAAUAUCCAGUCCAUUGAAAUGAACCAAAUCUCUCUUUUCUUCUUCUUCUUCUUCUCCAUGGAAAUGAAAUAACCUAUCUGCCAUUGUUGUUGUUCUUCUUCUCCAUUGCUUCAUACCAUCUUUCUCUCUCUUGUUUCUCUCACUAGAAAGCUGAAGCCAUGUUUGAAGACUCUGUAUCUUCCAUACCCACAAUCUGGGCUUCCAUGAACAGUUGGUUCACACCCACUGUUCUCUUCCUCCUCCUCAACCUAAUGAUCGGCACCAUUUUCAUAACCUCAAGCUUAACUGGUCCAAAACCUAACCAGAACCAGAACAACCACUUCCACCAGCAACAGCAUCGUCUUCAUCCCCAACUCGUUAGAUCUCCCUCGGUUUUGCAGAGAUUCAAAUCCAUGAACUUCUACUCUUUCAGAUCUCAAGAACCCACCACCCAUUUUCAAAAAGGCCCAGCAGAAUCCGAAGAACACUUCGAACACUUCGAACAGCACCAGCAACAGACCCAUUUGGCUGGAUCUCCCUCCGUGCUUCAGAAGCUCAAAUCCAUUAACUUCUACCAGUACUUAGCCCCAGCUCAGUCCCAAAAUCAAAACUUUGCAACCCCGGAACCGACCCACUUCGAUUUCGAACAAGAACAAGAACAACACUCCAAAGAAGAGUCGGAACACUCAGAAGAAGAAGAAGAAGAGAGCCGAGACCAUUUCGAACACGAGGUCCAUGGAGUCGGAGACCGGUCGAUGGACGACGUUUACAGCCAGCUGAAGAACGGCGGCGAAGGUCACGUGACCAGGACCAACUCCGACUCCAAACCCUCCCACGGAGAGGCUCCGGCGAAGCUGUCGAAGAAGAUGAAGAAGUCGGCCAGUUCGAAAUCGGCGUUCGGUCAUUUCAAGGAAGAUGAUAUCGUGGAGAGUCGCCGCCCGGCGACAAUGAGAGAAGGGAAAGCUAAGGCGGCAGAGACGGAGGAGGACGAGGUGGAUGCCAAGGCCGAUGACUUCAUCAACAAGUUCAAGCAACAGCUCAAGUUGCAGAGGCUUGACUCCAUCAUUAGGUACAAGGAGAUGAUCGGAAGAGGGGCUGGACAGUAAUAAAAAAGUUCUAAAGUAGGUAAAAACGCAAAUUUCGCUACUUUUAGGGGCUUAAUUGUUAUUAUUAUUAUUUUUGCUUUAUUGUAUUUUUUUUUCUCUUGCUGAUUUAGCAAAAUUACUCAUGUUAUAUAGAUCUACAAUCUAUUCUACUAUUAUUAUUAUUAUUA